AUGCUGGCCAUCGCCAUUCCUUUAAUCCCUCUCCUCCUUACCCACACCGUACGUGCGGCUUCCGUCGUUCUGUCCUACAACGACUGGAACUCUGUUGGAUGCUAUGAGGACGACGUCGGUGCUCGAGUGCUCCCUCACGCACAGGCAGUCUCUGGCGGGAUGACUGUCGAGAAAUGUCUGGAUGCUUGUCACACCAGCGGAUACGCCUUUGCCGGACUUGAGUGGAGCCAGGAGUGCUUUUGUGGCUCCGUUCUUCCUCCUACACCUGCUACAGAUGGUCGUUGCAACAUGCCUUGCCAGGGUGACGAUAAUGAAAUCUGUGGUGGUGGUCUUGGCCUUACGGUAUAUCAAUACAACGGCUCCGGUCCCUUUCCCCCCUCUGGCCCAUCCAACCUCGCAUCCUACAGCGGCUAUGCGUAUGACAAUUGCUACGUCGACUCAGUAGCCAACAGAGUCUUGCCUCACCAAUUGGGCGUCUCCGGCGGUAUGACCAUUGAAAAGUGUAUCGACACUUGCAAAGGUGCUGGAUAUGCGUAUGCUGGUGUAGAGUAUGCCCACGAGUGCUUCUGUGGCGACGUAGCACCAACGCAAGUAGCGGACGAUGGCCGAUGCAACAUGGUAUGCGAAGGUAACAACAGCGAAAUUUGUGGUGGUGGAAAUGGUCUCAGCGUCUACACUGGCACGCCUUUGCCCCCAUCCAACCCGAGUAGUCUUUCUAACCUUGCGACGUACAAGACGUGGGAGUAUGACACCUGCUAUGUGGACUCGGUCGUGAAUCGAGCGCUCCCCGUUGGCGUCGCCGUCUCUGGCCCGAUGACCAUCGAAAAGUGCUUGGACGCCUGUCAUGACGCUGGCUACGGCUACGCCGGUCUCGAGUAUGCAAACGAGUGCUAUUGUGGUGAUACUCCUCCGACAGAAAUAGCUAAUGAUGGUCGCUGUAAUAUGGCGUGCGCCGGAAACGCCAACGAGCUCUGCGGCGGUGGCAAUGGCCUGAGCGUGUACCAAUCGACCACUUCUGUCACGCCUCCGGAACCGAUCGACUCUUACGGUGGAAGGUCGUUUGCUGGCUGCUACAAGGACGCUGUCGACGCCCGAGUGCUUCCAAACCGAGUUGCCUUGGAGCACGGUAGCGAUCAAACAAUCGAGACUUGUAUCGACGCUUGCAAUGCUCUCGGAUACGUCUACGCAGGGCUCGAGUACGCAAACGAGUGCUGGUGUGGAAACGUCAAGCCCGAAGAUCGUGCCACAGAUGGCAGAUGCAACAUGGCGUGUGCUGGUAAUCAUCAGGAGCGUUGCGGAGGACCUAAUGGACUCGAUGUCUACGAGACCUCAACUGGCGCCACUCAAACUGAAAGCGCUACUCAGACAGAGAGUGCAUCGGAAACCGAGAGUGCAUCCUCUACUGCCACUGAGGUUGCAACGGAAACCGAAAGUUCAUUCUCAACUGCCACAGAAAGCUCCAGCCAGACCGAGAGUGCAUCGGAAACCGAGAGUGCAUCCUCUACUGCCACUGAGGUUGCAACGGAAACCGAAAGUUCAUUCUCAACUGCCACAGAAAGCUCCAGCCAGACUGAGAGUGCAUCGGAAACCGAGAGUGCAUCAGAAACCGAGAGUGCAUCGUCAACUGCGACCGAAAGUGCUUCAGAAACCGAGAGUGCGUCUUCGACUGCCACCGAGAGUGCAUCGGAAACCGAGAGUGCAUCCUCAACUGCCACAGAGAGCGCUUCCGAAAUCGAGAGCACUUCCUCAACUGCCACGGAAAGCGCUAGCCAGACCGAGAGUGCAUCCUCGACUGCGACCGACACCCCUUCAGAAACCGAGAGUGCAUCGUCCACCGCGACUGAAAGCGCCAGCCAGACUGAUAGUGCAACCGAAACCGAAAGUGCAUCCUCGACUGCCACCGAAAGCGCGUCCUCAACUGCCACCGAGAGUGUAUCGGAAACCGAGAGUGCAUCGUCGACUGCGACCGAAAGUGCUUCAGAAACCGAGAGUGCGUCCUCGACUGCCACCGAAAGUGCUUCAGAAACCGAAAGUGCAUCGUCGACUGCCACCGAAAGUGCUUCAGAAACCGAGAGUGCAUCGGAAACCGAGAGUGCAUCCUCAACUGCCACAGAGAGCGCUUCAGAAACCGAGAGUGCGUCCUCGACUGCCACUGAGAGUGCAUCGGAAACCGAGAGUGCAUCGUCGACUGCGACCGAAAGUGCUUCAGAAACCGAGAGUGCAUCGUCCACCGCGACUGAAAGCGCCAGCCAGACCGAUAGUGCAACCGAAACCGAAAGUGUAUCCUCGACUGCCACCGAAAGCGCAUCGGAAACCGAGAGCGCGUCCUCAACUACCACAGAAAGCGCCAGUCAGACGGAGAGUGCCUCAGAAACCGAGAGUGCGUCCUCGACUGCCACAGAAAGUGCUUCAGAAACCGAAAGUGCAUCGUCGACUGCGACCGAAAGUGCUUCAGAAACCGAGAGUGCGUCCUCGACUGUCACCGAGGGUGCAUCGGAAACCGGGAGUGCAUCCUCAACUGCCACAGAGAGCGCUUCGGAAACCGAAAGUGUAUCAUCCACUGCGACAGAGAGCGCUUCAGAAACCGAGAGCGCGUCCUCAACUGCUACAGAAAGUGCCAGUCAGACCGACAGUGCGUCAGAAACCGAGAGUGCCUCUUCGACAGCAAGCCCUACCGAGACCACGGUUGUCACAGAUUUUACAACUACGACGGCAGUUAUCGGUACUUUCACGACAGCUACCACUAUUGCUACCGUAGUUGAGGGAACUGGAUCGUAUGCAGAGACGAUUACGACGACCACGGAUGUUGUUGUACCAGCGACGUAUACGACCACAAUUGUCGCACCAUUGACGAUCACUACAACCACGGUUGUCCCAUACACGACCACGACCGUUGUAAUCAAUGGCGUGACACUGACGAGCACAAUCGCCACUCCAGUCGUCGGUAGCACGACUGUUGUUGUGCCUAUUGUUGGAUCUACGACACAGGCAGUUCCUCUGACCGGCUCGACAACCGUGCCCAUCCCACUAACCCGUUCGACAACCAACUAUUUCCCGGUCACAACGACGACGCCGGCUACCGUACCCGUCACAACAACCUCCUUGUCGACGAAGACCUUCACCUACACGAGCAGCGUCAUAUCCAGCUUUACCGUCUAUGACGUUAACACUAAUCCACGCACUCCCAUCACCCUGCGCACGAGUACUAUUCUCACCACUCUCUUCGCGCCAGUUACGACGACAAGUACGCAAGCAAUUCCCUUCACCACGAGUGUUGCAACUGUCAGACCUCUCACGCUCACGGCGAGUGAUAUUGGCUACUUUACCACGACGUCUUCGUCUAUCCAAGCGGUCCCAACCACGUCCGUUGCCGUCAACACUUUCCCAACCGUCUCGAGUAAUGUUGCAGCCGUCACCGCUACAUCAACCUAUUAUGUCCCGUACACGUCAGAGACGAGUGACUUCCUUCCAGUCCAGACGUCUUCCGUCAAUGUUGGAUCGUACACCUCGUCUUCCGUCGACAUUGAGCCCGUUGCAGGUUCUACCACGGUUGUGACCGAGUAUACGACGACCUCGAUUGGAUAUACUCCCUACACGACUACAGCGUACGACACCCAGGUGACGACGUUUGUGGCUGCCGUCCCCACGCCUAUCACCGUCACCACUACCUUUAUCACCCGCAUAGAUGAUGUGCAACCCACGGACACCUAG